AUGGCGGACUACGGGGUAAAAACCAUGCAAAGAUUUGCUCCUUUAAAACCAAGUGCUACUCCCGUAAUAAUAAUCUAUACGGUUUCUAAACGUAGUGACAUAGUUCUGCUGUCAAAUUGCAGUCAUUUCCUUUAUAUUGUAGUGGACGAUAGCGUAGCACACACUUUUCGUUUUCCCAGUCUGGUGACCACUGUUCGUAUUCAGGAACGUAACGCUGCUGGAAAAACACAGAUAUUAGUUGGGACAGUGGAUGGCCAUAUUUUUGCGGUCUUCUUACCAGAAGAUCUGACCAAAAGCAGCAGGUUAAAGACAUUUGCUGAUCCUACUCCUACUACUACUAGUGAGAUGGCAAAACAAAAGAAAUGUGGUGAUUGUGAUAUCUUUGGAGAACUACUUGCUGGUGCAAAUAUUGAUGUUACAGAAACAGUGAAUAAACAAUCAGUCAGAGCUAAUAAAUGUAUAACAUUUGUUGAUGUGGAAAGUGCAGUCCUAUAUGAACCAAAGUUAAGAACAUUUAUUACCAUUGAAGAAAAUAUUGUGUGUUGCAGAGCACUGGAGCAAGGCUAUUUGUUGUCUGUGUUUUGUCCUACUUCACAGCAAAAUGAUCUUGGUAAGAUGGUGUGUGCACCACUUCCAGUAUUCAAAGGGAUAAUAACAGUUGAAUCAGAAUCACAAAAUACAUGCAGUUGUUUGUGGAAUUAUGUUCCUCAGCUGUGUUGUGUUCAAGCCAAUGGCAAUGUUUCAUGUCUGUCAUCAUGUCUUACCAUAAAACGGUCUUUAUUUAGCAAACUUUUUCACUGUGAUGCAUCUCUUUUGGAUACCCCAGUCAUUAUCUUUGGUUGUGAAGAUGGGCAAGUGUUAUUUUGGCCUGUGAACAGUUUUGCUCUUACAAAUGCAAACUCUGAGGCUAAUGUCAGUGAACAUCAAUUUUCACCUCAGCUGAUAUACCAUAUGGAACAAAGAGUGGUAGCGAUAUAUGCAGCAAGGCUUCAUUAUCCAGAGGAUUCAUCAAUAUGUCCAUCAACUGCAAAUGAAACAGAAGUGAGGAAUUGCAAACACAAGCAAGAAUCUGAUGAAUGCUGCAAUGCCUUAGUUUUUGUUGGAGGUUGUGACAAGAUUAUAAUUGUAUCUGAUGAAGAACAUCUGUCAGAGAAGUCAGAAGAAGUAAAGAAAAUUAAUUUUACAUGGCACACAAUUGUUGGCCCUGUUCUAUGUUCCUGCUUGAGCAGCAGCCAUGACACACUGGUACAUUCAACAGGUAACGAAAUCUUUGUCACUAAGUUGAGCCUCAACUGUGAGAUGAAUGCAGCAAGGUCAGCAGCAAUGUUAUCCUCAAGCAAGCUGACUGUACAGGUACCAAAUGUGUCUGUGCUUUGUUGUGUAAAUAAGCAAAGGAAGGGAAAUGGCACAAAGAGGCAGGUGUAUGCUCUUACUGUCACAGGAAAACUUGUUUUGCUUCUGUUGCCAGAAUUGCAAGAUGGAGAACAACUUAUUGGGUCUAAUGUCUCACCACAAAUGGCUGGUGAAAAAGUGAAGAGUUACUUAAAAGAGAUUGAAACUCAGACUGCAGAGCUGGUAAGAAUUAAUGAAAGCAGAGAAAGUGCAAACAGUACUUUGAAAGAGCUUAAUAAAAUUAUCCACAUUGUUAGUCAGGUUACCAAGAAGGCAGGAGACACUAUGUUCCCUUUAUUGUGUUGUUUUACACCUGGUGUUGUGUGCCAGAGCUCUUGUGGGCAUACUUCAUUGUCACUGCACUGCAAAGUUAUUAACCAGGGCAAUCUAGUGUUGUCACCUUCCUGGUCACUAAUGGUUCGCAUACAAGGAAAGGAACCUUGGCAGAGUUGUACCUCUCCAGCAGCUUGUUUUAUGGGCCAAUCAAUGCCACUGAGAACCACUCAUCCAGGGGAAGUCGCAGAGAUGAACAUUCCUCUUAACAAGUCUUUCCCUUCAUCAGGUCACAUUAUUGUAGAAGGGUACCUGUAUUGUGAUUUGAAUUCCUUGCUUGCUGAUCUCAGAAAUGGAACAGAUCCAACGCAUUUCUUUCAGAUACCAACUAAGAACAUUGUGAUACCAGUUGGAAAGAAAGUUUUUGACAUCCUUCAUUUGAUGCAAAUGACUCGAUCAGGGCCACAAGCUCAAACAAACUGCACCAUUUUAGAUUCAAAUGAAGAGGUUUUUCAAACUAUAGAGAGACUUAAUUCAACAAUCAGCAAUGUAGUAAGUAGAAGUAUAUUUGGCCAGGAUACAGAAGAGAUUGCAGAGGAACCCACAGAAAUUAGAAACUACUCAGCAGCUUUCAUUGUUUCUCAAGAUGCCAUAAAUUUCAUGACCACAACAAUUAAAAAUGACCUUGCUCUGAAGGAAACUCUUCAAACAGAAUCUCUUUCGCCGCAAGCUACAUUCUUUCACUUCAUCUUCAUGGACUCAAGCAUUGCUCACCAACAAAUUGAUGUGGAAUGUUCUCACAUAAAUCUGCUGAGUGUGAAUGGUGGUCAUGCAUCCAUACACAUUAAACCUGUAAGUGGAAUGGAAAAAUCCACCAAUGGUUCUCCUUUUGAAGUUGAAUUACACUGUACACAUGUGCGCUUGCUGUGUCAUCUUCAUGGAGCCAUAUUAACAAGAUUGAAGCCUGUUAUCACACAUAGGACCAGUAGGAGUCAAAUGCAAGAAUAUGAUGUACAGAAACAGUUGAAAAAACUACAGGAUUUCCACCAAUGUGUCAUUUUGUUGGAAGAUGAGAUGUCAAUGGGGACAGAUAAAUGGGAAACAAUCAUCAUCAAGCGGAAAGUAUGGGCUCUGUAUGAGAAAAUGAGAGGAGUCGUGCUCAUGAUAUGACAUUUAUUAGAGAUAGAAUUGAAAGAGAAAGCUUCAGGUGUAUUUUCUAAAAUUCAGUUCAUGUGGAAACAUUUUAGAAUCGUUGUUGAAAAAAUUCGUAAGAUGAUUUGCACAGUUACAUCUCAACGACAAGCUGUAAACACCUGAUGCGU